CAUCCGAAGGAUAGCACAAGAUAUUUUGGUCUUCAAGAUGUCAGAGGCUUCUAUUAUUCAAUCAUAUGGCCUAGCGUUAGAACUAUUGUUAUGAGAAAUGUGCAGAUUGUACAGUAAUAGGCACGAUGUAGUUUUAAAGAUUGAAAGAAUCAAGUACUUUUAUCACGUGGAUUAGCUACCGUUAGCUCCAAAGCUACGCAGCUAAGUUACUUGGACAGCCCUUUCAAGUUGGUUCCUGACAGGUUAUAUUACGACAGCUAACUUCAUGAACUAUGUGAACUAACCAAGAGUGCUGAAUAAGGAGCUCCCUGCAACCCUCUGGUGUUGCAGGUUGCUCUCAUGUACCCAUGGAGAAGGUAGCCUUUGAGGGGUGGUUGGAGUCCAUCUCUGCUACUUUCGUUACUCUAAAUGACCAGGAGCGCAACCAGUCUCUAGACCACCUCAUAUCAUUAAGUGGUGCUGCCCAGCUCCGUCAUCUGUCAAAUGGCCUGGAGACACUGCUCAAGCGUGACUUCUUGCGUCUCCUCCCUCUGGAGCUUGCCUUCUAUUUGCUACACUGGCUGGACCCUCAGACUCUCCUCACCUGCUGCCUGGUCUGCAAGCAGUGGAAUAAGGUGAUAAACUCUUGUCCAGAAGUGUGGCAGAGUGUGUGUCGGGAGCUGGGCUGGAGGAUUGAUGAGGCCAUUCAGGAUGCACCACACUGGAAGGGAGUCUACCUGAAGGCCAAACUGCGUAUGACGCAGUUGAAAGAACAGGAAGCCUUUGAGACAUCAUCCCUCAUUGGUCACAGUGCUCGGGUAUAUGCCCUCUACUAUAAAGAUGGCCUCCUCUGCACAGGAUCUGAUGACCUCUCUGCCAAAUUGUGGGAUGUGCGCACUGGGCAGUGCAUUUAUGGAAUUCAAACACACACCUGCGCUACAGUGAAGUUUGAUGAACAGAAGCUGGUGACUGGGUCAUUCGACAACACUGUUGCAUGCUGGGAGUGGAGCAGUGGGUCUAAAAUCCAACAGUUCCGUGGCCACACAGGAGCAGUCUUCAGUGUGGACUACAAUGAUGAGCUGGAUGUACUGGUCAGCGGGUCUGCAGACUUCACGGUGAAGAUUUGGGCUUUGUCUGCUGGUGCCUGUCUCAACACUCUGACUGGGCACACUGAGUGGGUGACUAAGGUGUUACUCCAGAAAAGUGAAGUAGAAUCUAUGAUGCACAGUCCUGGUGACUAUAUCCUCCUCAGUGCUGAUAAGUAUGAAAUUAAGGUCUGGCCUUUAGGAAGAGAAAUCAACUGCAAGUGUCUGAAGACACUUGCAGUUUCAGAGGACCGCAGCAUCAGCCUUCAACCUCGCCUGCAGUUUGAUGGACGCUACAUCGUCUGCAGCUCUGACCUUGGAGUGUAUCAGUGGGACUUUGCUAGUUUUGAGAUUCUCAGGGUGAUCAAAGCACAGGAUCCAGCCAACCUGUCCUUGCUCAGCUAUGGUGAGGUGUUUGCGCUCCUUUUUGAUAACCACUACCUGUAUGUUUUGGACCUGAGGACAGAGUUGAUCUCAGGUCGCUGGCCUCUACCAGCCUACAGAAAAUCCAAACGAGGAUCCAGCUUCCUGGCCGGUGUGACUUCCUGGCUAAACGGCCUGGAUGGGGACAAUGACUCUGGACUGGUUUUUGCUACCAGCAUGCCUGACCAUAGCAUUCACUUAGUACUGUGGAAGGAGAAUGGAUGAAAGCGAACAGGGACUCCAAACCACAGAUUGCAAGGAUAUUAGCCACCAUCAUAAAUACUCUGGAAUAUAUUAACCAUAACAGCCAAGAUAGAUCAUGCAUGCACCAAAGCAUUUUGUUUUGUAAUUGUUUCUUCCUCAGCAGAGUCAUGCUCUGAAUACGAAUAUAAGCAUCUGCAUCAACUUAAACAUCAUCAAGAUGAUAGAUAUGAUUGGCAAUCGUCCAGAGCAUAUCAAUUCUCCUGUAAUGUUGGAAUGAAUGCUUGAAUUCCAAAUAAAAAGUGACAGGUCAUUGUGCUGAUUUGCAGUAAUGUUGGUUUCCUUGAAGAAAAGCAGUGUUGCCUUAAAAAGAGUUGCUGUAAAUAAUGGAAAACAGCUUCUUUGAUGUAAGAUUGUGAUAUGAGAAUGUGAUGUCACGAGAGAUAUUCUCAAAGGAAGCUUUGUACCUAAUUAUAUGUUGAAAAUGAGCUUUCAUGUAAUUCCAUGAAAGGAUGACUAAUUUAAGUGUCCGCUUGAGAAAUGUGAUUUGCCUUUUCAGUUUAUUUGACUUUACAACUACAAUUAUUUGAUAUAACUGGCAAAUAACAGUUAAGUUAUGACUGCAUCGUAAAUUUGACUUUUUCUUGUGUUGUACUUUCCCUAUUUACUGUGCUCUAAAAUGUCUAAUUAUAUAGCUAUCCACCUGACUUAACUUGCUCAGUUGGGAGCUUUUAUGAAUCAUCAACUUUAUUUUUCUAAAGGCUUUAAUGCAGCAGAUGAUAUGACUUAACACAUAGUUUGUUCUGUGCAAAACUACUAUUUUAGAAAAUUUGAGUUUGAGUAUUUGAGUUAUCCUGCCUUGACAAAAGAAAAAUUGUGAAUACUUGUCUGGUUCUAUGGAUCAGUUUUAACACCACAUCUCAGUUUGGUCCUCUCUUACUGCAACAUCAAAACUAUGACUCAGAAUCUUUAUUAACAACUGUUUUGGCAGGCCACAGAUCAAUAUGAAUAUAUAUUUACCAAACCUCAAUCCUUGAGAUUUUUCACAUCUUAUUUAAACGCCACCAAAAUAGUAUAUUAUGUACUCUUCCCUGCCAUUGCACAACAAUCUAUCCUCCCAGUAGCACUCAUUUAUAAUAGAAAUGUAAUGAAAUGACUUGUAUAUAAUGAACUGAUAAUGUUGAAGAUACACAUUGUUUUCAAGCACUGCCCAGUGUUACUAUAUUAUAUCAGGUUUUCUACUACAAAGCUCUUUAAUACUUAAGUCAUUCAAAUUAAUAAAAGUAGCAAAUCCUC